AUGUACACCCAGCCUAGGGGUCUGUCUCUCCUGGGAGCGUACCUCACAGACGCUACUUACACCUCUGUCUUACAUACAAUCACCUGCAACUUCACGGAGCCUUCCAGUACCUUUCUGACUGCAUAGUUACUUGUCCAUCAUCAAACGUUUCAUUACUUAGGUCCGUUCGAAGAGAGCCUUAUUGGGUGCUCUCGCCACUGCGGCCCCCAUCAUCGGAUUAUUACGUAGGGUUUGAGAGAGAAUAAGGUAUAUAACCCGGCUAGUAUUACCAGAAUCACAUUCCUGAGCUCAAAUAUAUUGACAUUGUCGAAGUCACAGGCUCCAAUCGUGCGUAUCCUCUCUCAUUGCCUCCCAAAUGACCAGAUCAGGAAGCCCUUUUCUAUUCGUAUUCGACGAAUUUCCUUCUGUUUCUUAUAACACUCAAGCUGCUAAUGCUUAAGGAUUUCAGAUCUCAAUCAUGGCGACAGCACGACGUAUGAAUAUUGGCUCGCCGCAAGCCUCUGCGUUCACUGAUGAAGUUAAACCCGAAUCGGCUGCAAUAGUUUCCGAGAUCUUACAAGACGAUUUGGAGAACCACCACAUAUUCUUUGGGCCCAAUAAAUCCCGGAAUCAACUGUCGAUAAAGACCCUGACAUUAUAUGCUCUUGGGGCAACGUCUGAGGAACUGCUGACUACUUACAACAGCAACAAGAAAAAUCAUGAUCCGGCGCUUCCCGUUGACGAAUAUGUUGUCCUAGCCAUGAGUGACAAGAACAAAUUCAAAGACUUUCUUGGUGAUGAUGCGAAUUAUCCACACUUCUUGGAGUUUUUCCAACGCGAGAUUGAGUCGAAAGGUUUAGAAAAUACUAUUCGUGAACAUCUGUUGGCAAGAGAUGAGCACGCCAAUGGUCUUCUGGUCAGGAUGUUUUCUGGGUUUAUGCACCCAUUGAUUCGCUUUGGUUUUGGGAUCGAAUGGGGACAACCUGCCUUGGUUGCCUCCUCUCUGGCAGAGAGCUCUAUACAGGAGCCGAUCGUCGGUGAAUAUCUGCUGCGGGCAGAAAGGACUGCGGAUGGUUUGCCCGAAGAUAAGAAGACAUCAGACGCUAUUGGGCUUUUGGAUCGGAUCCGUGACGACGAGAAACUUCGUGGUGCGGCGCAAUGGACAGACAUCAGCAAAAUGAGGGACGGGAUUCUGAAGCGUGCGCCGGAUGAGAUAAACAAGUACGCGAGCCAGUAUUCUGUGCGUCCAGAUCGGUUAGAUGAGGCUGUAGCGCAAAUGAUAAAUGCCGUAGCUUACAUGACCGGGGGUGCUCAAAAUCCGCCAAAACAGGUCAAAUUCGAUUUUGCCUUUAUACACGCCCUUACCGCGUCCGUUUUCUUCCAGAGUAUCAACUCUCUGGCCUGUCUGACGACGGCGGACAAGGUCCGGUUGCUCGAGUGGAAAGUCCGCUGCGACAUGUCCAUGUACGCGGCACAUAACGCACCGAAACUGGUUCUCAGUCCGAUUAUAAAUUACGAAGAUGAGCGAGACUGGAGAACUAUGUUUGACAUCAUCAUCAAACGGCCCGAGGAGGAUGUACACACAGCGAAAACAUUGAGAGCAAUUGCUAAUGGCCAGAAAAUUUGUGCACCCUUUGAGAAAGGCGGGAGAGACAGGGGUUUCUUCCUUGUAGACAGCAUGUGGUUAAAAAUGGCCAAUCUACUUAUUGAUUCGCUCAAUAAUGAGCAGCCAUGGGUUGCCAUGUCUGGUUUCGAGCAGGCAUGGCUACACAUGCAAAAUCAAUCCGGGAUGUAG